CCCCAAAUAUGGGAAUUGAAACCUUGAACGGUACGAAUUUUUCUUCAUGGAAAGAUUAACUGAUGCUAACUCUUGGCAUGUUGGAUUUUGAUUAUGCACUGAGAGAGCCUGCCCUUCCUGCCCUCACUGAUAAAAGUACUGCUGAAGAUAAAAUAGUAAAUGAGAGAUGGGAGAGGUGCAACAGAAUGGCUCUUAUGCUCAUUAAAAAUUCCAUCAGCAUAAUCAUCAGGGGAGCUAUUCCAGAUUCAUCUAAUGCUAAAACAUAUCUGGCUUCCGUGGAGGAACAAUUCAAAGCAACUUCUAAGGCACAUGCCAGUACUCUUAUUUUGAAGAUGGUGACUACAAAAUAUGACGGGAAUAGCGGCAUUCGUGAGCACAUCAUGAUGAUGAACGACAUGGCCCGUAAGCUCAAGGGAUUAGACAUGGAGAUCAGGGAAGGUUUUCUGGUGCACUUUAUAAUGACUUCUCUUCCUGCAUCUUUUGAAGCUUUCAAGGUCAACUACAACACCCAGAAGGUCAAGUGGUCGAUGAAUGAGUUGAUUGCUAUGUGCGUACAAGAAGAAGAGCGUCUCAAGUUGGAAAAACCUGAUGUGGCUUACCUCAUGACCGCUAAUCCAAAGAAGAGGAAGGGCAAUGUCGAUAAGAAGGAUGUUUCUAAAGUCCAGAAACGUGAUGCAAGUGCUUCUUCCAGCUCUAAGCACUCUAAAGGGAAGUCUUACUGCAAGUUCUGCCGCAAGGAAGGACAUAGACAGAAAGACUGCCAAGACUUUAAGGAGUGGCUGACGAAGAAAGGGAUUCCUUACAAUCCAGAAGCUGGAAAGAAACCGAAGAACACUUAAGCUGGGGAAUGGAACAGAACUAGUUUUCGAAGCCGUGGGAACUUUAGAAUUAAUAAUGAAAACUGGUUUAUGUAUUAAACUUUAUGAUACCUU